AUGGCUGAGACUGGGAACCGCAAGUGCCGGGGUGUGGACUGCCCCAACGACGCAGGCACCCUGCAAUGUCCGACUUGUCUGAAGAGUGGCACUGAUAGCUUUUUCUGUUCGCAAGACUGUUUUAAGCGCAGCUGGAACGAGCACAAGACCAUUCACAAAAAGAGUAAUUUCCUCACCAAUAUCUUUCCACCGAAGGUAGUUUCUGAACCAGAUCCAGACACCGGUACAUUCAACCCGUACCCUUCCUUCCCCUACACUGGUUCCUUGAGGCCCGUCUACCCUCUGUCCGCCAAGCGAACGAUCCCCAAGUCGAUCCCCCACCCAGACUACGCCCGCGAUGGCAUUCCCCGCUCCGAGCAGAAGAUCAUUGGCCGUCAUAACAUCACCAUCCUCAACAAGGAAGAGCAGGAAGGCAUGCGCAAAGUGUGUCGCCUGGCCCGUGAGGUUCUGGAUGCCGCUGCCCGUGAAUUGAAGCCGGGUGUCACAACCGACCACAUCGAUGAGGUCGUUCACAAAGCUUGUAUAGAGCGCGAUUCUUACCCCUCGCCUUUGAACUAUAUGCACUUCCCCAAAUCCGUUUGCACCUCCGUCAACGAGACCAUCUGCCACGGUAUUCCCGAUCAACGGCCCUUGAAGGAUGGUGACAUCGUCAACAUCGAUGUCACUCUAUACCACAAGGGCUUCCACGGCGACAUCAACGAGACCUACUAUGUUGGAGAAAAGGCGCUCGCAGACCCCGAUGCGGUGCGCGUGGUGGAAACUGCCCGUGAAUGUCUGGACCAGUCAAUUGACCUGGUCAAGCCUGGCAUGCUCUUCCGCGACCCCGGAAACACGAUCGAGAAGCACGCCAAGACCCGCAACUGCAGUGUCGUCAAGACCUACUGUGGCCACGGAAUCAACCAACUCUUCCACUGCGCGCCCAAUAUUCCUCACUACGCUAAGAACAAGGCCGUCGGUACCGCAAAGCCCGGCAUGUGCUUCACCAUCGAGCCCAUGAUCAACAUCGGUACCCACCGUGACCGUACUUGGCCUGACGACUGGACCAGCACGACCCAGGAUGGAUCCCUGUCCGCUCAAUUCGAGCACACUCUCCUCGUUACCGAGGAUGGUGUUGAAGUGUUGACUGCCCGCCUGCCUGACUCGCCUGGUGGCGCCGUUCCCUUGCUGUCCGCAUAA